AUGACAACAGGAUUGGCGUUGCCUUUGCGACACAAGCCUUCUGCUUUAGAUCCAGAUGCAUGGAGAUCCCCCCGAAGUCAAAUGGAAUCAUCGGCGACUCCUCUACAUUCUCAGGCAUUGUUGGGCCGGGGUGGGCACUCUCGUUCCCCAUCGCCCCGGCCUUCGGUGGACUUUUCCAUUGAUCCUUCGCCGGUGGCAAGGGAAAAUGUUUACGGAUCAGGUGCGCCAAAGUCGCACUCAGAUGCUUUGUGUUCCCGACGGCACAGCACAUCCCCAGGAAAUAUGGCAGCUGAGCCUUCACCGUACACUUCGGUCGUCACGGCAACACCCCAUUCCAAGGCCACGCCUUUGGAUGCGAGUGUAUCCAUGCGCUCGGACCUGUUGCAUGCAUCGCCCAGGCACUCGAGUUCUCUCUCACCAAGACAUAGCCUCCAGCACCGUUCAUCUCCCAACACACCGGUGACGCAAGAACAGAUGGGAAGUGAACUUGCUGCAUCCUCCAAGCAUUCAGAACGUGCCGGGCAUAGCUCUCCUAUGCACUCGCAGGUUUUAAUGGAUUUACAGCGGCACAGCACCUCCCCUCGUCGCUCACCUGUGGCCAUGGAUGUGGAGUUAUCGCCUUCGCCCAGCACGGUAAGACAUCGCCUGACAAUUCCAGAUCUACCUCAUCGAGGCGAAGAUUCACCUGGACAUCGCCUCAGCGCAUGCAUGAGCGAGGAGUAUCGACCGUUGAACCUGCAGGCAUCACCGGAAGCCUCGAGGAGUCCUUACGACAGGGAGCUCGACAAGUUCAGGCCUUUAUCACCGCAGUCCAGUCAACGCCAACAGGACGACGAGUUGGAACGCUUCCGGCCCCUGUCGCCGGCCUCCAAGCACCGGGACCUCGAGUCAACGCUGGAGAAUGAGUUGGACAAGUUCAGGCCCCUGUCGCCUGAGUCCAAGAGAUCCACUAUGGAUGCAGAAGAGUUGGGUAAGUUGAGGAUGCUGUCCCCCGAGUCGGAGUCGAAACGCUUGCGUUUCAGCGAGGAGGCCUCGCGGCCUCGGAGCUCCACCAAGGACUCGCUGGCAACUUCAGCCCUGGAGGAGGAGGAAGCAAGGCAAGAGGAGCUCACUCAACGGCUUGCGAUGCAGAUCCGCAAUCGCUCCCGUUCCUCCUCCAGAGCCUCCUCAGUAGCAGCUUCACCACAGCAGAUGACGCGCCAAGUCAUGGGCUCAAGGAUGUCUUCCAGGGCGCAGCUGACGCAGAUGUCCCUUCCAGGAGUGCCGGAUUUUCCGAGAGCUCAAGUCAUUUCCUCCCAGCAGCAGUUGCAAAUACAACAGCAGCUGAUGCAGCAACAGCAGCUUCAGCAGCAGCAACUCAUGCAGCAGCAGAUGCUGCAGCAAAUGCCUUUGCAAACGCAGCAAUCACUGCAGCAAUUCCCCACCCAACGAUCAAUACCUCAAGUGCAGCCAAGCGAGAUCCGGCACCCGCAGUCCUUGGAGAACUCCCCGAUGACACGAGCUACGAUGCCAGCGCAGGAGGAUGCAGCAGUGGUUCGCCGUGCUCAGAAGUCAAACCUUCAGACUGCCCCAACCAUUCCACUUCCGUCUCAUGAUGGUGCAUCCUUGGCACCAUACAGCACUGGAGAACUAGAGUUGGAGGAACGAUUGUGGCAAGGUCAGCAGCGAGCUUCUGUCUGCUCCGAGGCAUCCCAGGCGACUCUGGCGGCCAUGGCGACACAGGUGGUGCGACCACAAACAUCACCAGUCCUCCAGCCACAGGUGCAACCACAGGUCCAGCCGCAGGUGCAACAGGUUCAACAGAUUCAACCGCAGAUCCAACAACCACUGGUACAGCCACAGGUGCAACAGCCAAUGAUACAGCCACAGGCACAGCCAGUAGUGCAGCAACCGGUGGUACAACCCCAGGUUCAGCAGCCAGUGGCUCAGCAGCCGGUGGUUCAGCAGCCAGAGGUUCAGCCCGUGGUUCAACCGCAGCGGACCCAACCACCAGUGGUGGAGAUGCAGUCGCGGCAGGAAAGACGAUGGGUGGCUGAAGAAGUACGACAUCAGCAAGAAGAAAACCAUCCUCCACAGCCGCAGUAUCCGCUCCAGUACCCCGCUUCGCCUCCGCAGCGGCAGUACAAUGCCUUUCUCCAACAGUUUGAAGAAGAACUUAUUCCCAGCCGAGCACAACAUUUCAGCUAUCCGCAACCUUUGCCUCAAGAGGAGUUUGAAGUUCCGCCGCCGCCACCUCCACCAGUGGCAGCACCAAUACCAGAGCAGGUGGCACCGGUGGCACCGGUGGCACCGGUCGCACCUGUUGCUGUGCCCACGCAGCAAACGACCCCCUUGCAGACCAUGCAUUCGACUUCGACCAUCUCCAGGACGACGCCCAGUCCACACUCGGCUGGCCAUGGCACUGGGGAAGCGCGGCAACGUGCACGUGCAUCCUCAGAGCCCAGGCUGCAGCGGACGGCUUGUACUAUGACUGAGGGUUCGACCACAUCAUCAAAUUCCAAAGAAAGAAUACGAGCACUGGAGUCCGAACUUGCAAAGCAAUCGAAAUGGAUUUCUGCGCUCGAGGGUGAUUUGAAAACAGCCGAAAGCAGGGCGGAGCAGUUCCAAGCGACAGGCUUGGCAGCUCAGAAGGAGAUCGAGAUGACGUUGUCCCAACUUCAAGCCUCCAGCUCCGAAGUGCUGACAAGGAACACACGCAUCAAGCAGCUAGAAAGCAAGCUUCUAGCCCUUGAGAGCAAGACCGUGCAGCCAAAGAAGAUGAAGCAUUCCAGCUCAGAGGGAAGCAUUCGCUCCAGCAAGCUUGCUGAUCUGGAGCGGCAGGUCGAGACGCUGGUGAAGCACUUGAAGGCUUCCAAGAAGGAUUCCUCCAAGGACUCUCAAAAUAGCAUCCGUUCCGACAUGAGUGAGGAGCUGCGGGUGACAGAGCGACAUCGCACCAGGGAGUGGCAGGACCGAUGUGAGAUGCUGCGCAGAUCUUUACCUGAGCGUGACUCACAAGAUCUGCACGCAACACGUGGCCGGCUGCGAGAUGCAGAGAACAAGGUGCAGCACCUCAACGCAGAGCUGGCGGGCAUGCAGCAGGCGCAAAACAUCAAACAGGACGCCGAGGUGCAAAAAUUGAAGCAGCAGCUGCAGCAACUUGAGGUGGAGCUGAUGAUACGCAAGGAACGCUGCUCUGCGGCGGAAGCACAAUUGAUUGAUGUCACCGCUGAAUUGAGCGAUGCCAAAGCUGCGAGAACACGAACACUCGACCAAUACAAGGGGAUUGAUUCAGAGCUGGAAGGGGCCCGGCGACGCAUUGCCAAUGCGGAGCGGGAGGUGGCGAGAGCCCAAGGUGAGCGGAUGGAGGUUGAGCUGAAGUGCCGAGCGCUGCAGGUGGAAUGCGGAAACUUGAAGAAGGAGCUGCGCGACACAAAGGCAGCUCUUCGCGCUUUGGACUUGCCUCACCGGUCGGCCAUUUGCGCCACUGCACGGACAGACGCCUUGAUUGAGGCAGGGUCCCAGUUUGCAAACCUUACUGACCUUAGCACCACCUCUUCAGUGGAUACGACUCAGCGCCUGAAGGCCACUUUACUUCGCCCCGCUGGAGGGAACGGAGGGAACGUGGCAUUGGCUGAAGCCAAAGCCGAGCGCACCGCAGGUGCUUUAGAUGAAGCUCGCCGUGAGCUAAAGCGCUCCCAGAAGGAAGCGGGAAGCUUGCGGCGGGAGUUGGCGGUCGCAGUUGCCACUGCCAUCGCAGCCAAGGUGGACUCGAUCAAGGCGUCGGAUUCACCGCCCUCCCGGCGACGGCAAGGCGUCCGUUUACGGAUCGAGCAGGAGGCGGCUGAGCGGCUCGCCCUAGGGGUGGGGCCUACAAUGGACGCGUGAUGCCUCAAAAUCUUCAAACGUGCCAUGAUACCUUUUUUCUGCCAAGAGAACGGCUUGAAGGUUCCAGGCUGCGCAAAACCUGAGCAAUUGGUGGC